GGGAUGACUACUCGGCCCGGCUAGUAAGGGUAAAGCUGUACAACUAAACUAGAAACUUUAUCAGUCAGUAGCUAAUCAGGGACGACCAGUGAUGAUUUCUGGAGCGGCAACUCGCUCAAAUUGAGCUACUGUAAAGAUGUCAGGAAGCUAGUGGCGUAUUGACGCUAACCUAGCUAGUUGUGAAGCUAGGCUAGGCUAAUCCGACAUGUCAAGGUUUGACAGCUUAAAGCUAACAACACUAGCUGUGUGGCGUCAGGCGGUCAAAAGCCAAGUAUUUGACCAACACAGGUUUUGUAGAAGCUUAGUAGCAUCAAAGCAGUCAGUACUAUUGUUAUUAUUAACCUCUAGAGCAUUGAGUAGCCAAUGGUUGUGCUAACAGCUAACGCUAACUGUCAAGUUGACAUUCCGACUCGCUGGCUGUCGUGCAGGAUUAUUAUCCCGAAACACUACUAAUGCAAUUAAAAGGGCAGCCUGUGCAAGGCUGAUGAGAAAGUUAUCAGCAGCUAUCUACACUGGUUGAUAGACGGGAGCACUGGAAGCUGUUGUCCAGCCUUAAGACUACGGUGGAGGGUCUCUUGUCCACAAACAACCCCAAUGUGUGGUCACGUUACGGCGGACUACAGCGGCUGCACAAGGACAUGAACAACAUCCUCAGCCAUGGAUUGAAGAAUGAGCAGGUGUACUACAAGCAGAGAGACUACUGGCCGUUUGUCUGGUGUGUUCGGUACAUCAGCCCUCACCUCGCUUCACAUGUUGAACAGUUCAGUCAUCUGGAGCCGGUACUGAGCAGCGGGAUGCAGAGUGCAGGUGAAAGCUACAAGGCCGAGCGCUGGCUGCUUCACAGUUUACAGGUUCACAUGCUGUCGGCUCAGCUCAGACCUCUGGUCAGACAUCUGGGACAUACAAAGAAAUACUAUAAUGAUGAUGCCUUUCUGCUGAGCGAGCCCCAUGUCACCGCCAUGUUCCAGUGUCUGGAAGCUGUGGAGCAGAAUAAUCCUAAACUGCUGGCCCAAGUAGACACUGUAGGGUUGUCCCCGCUAAAGGGCCCGCCAUGUCUUGGCCUGUUGAAGAGCCAGAGCCUGUGUGUGCUGCCUGGGGCCGGCGGGGCCUGGAGGAACGCUGACACGGCUCUCAGAGGAGAAUCUCUAAACCGCAGACUCACCACCUCCAACUGCUCCCUCCGAGAGGCAGUUGCCACCAGCCACAACUGCGGGAACACGACAGCAGUCGAACCCCAAAACAGCAACAGCACAAAAACUACCUCUCCUGCCUCCUCCAGCCUGGGACCUCCCUGGGUGUGUGUGUCUAGGCCGGGGGAGAGUGAGCGGGGCGUGACACCCCCUCCUGGACCUGUAUCGGUUCCUUGCAUCUCCCUAACAGAGUCGCCUUCGCCCUCCUCCUCCCUUCAGCCUGAGACGGGGGACUCUGGGGAUGGUGACUAUGACGAUGGUCCAGAGUACCUGGCUAUUGGUAACUUAGGGCAACGCAGUCGACGCGACUCCCGAAGCUCCACACCCAGCAGUGAGCAGGGCGACAUCCAGGACCAGUCCAUGCAACAAAGUGCCCUGGCUCCGCCCCCACCCAGAUGCUCAUCUUUUUCUGAGGGCCAGAGGGGGCCAGGCCGGGGGUCCCGAGGACACACCCGCUCGUUUUCUGACACAGGGGUCAAUCUGAAACUCAGGAACGAAUCAGCCGGUGAUGACUGCUGUAUGAAGGACUACAGCCCUUUCUCACCUCAGCGCAGUGAUGCUAGCACCCCCAGUUCCCUCUACAUGGAGUCUCAUGGGUCCCAGAACAGCAGUGUUCCAGAUGGGAUGUUCAGGAAGCCAUCAGAGGGCCAGAGCCUCAUCAGCUACCUGUCAGAGCAGGACUUUGGCAGCUGUGCUGACCUAGAAAAGGAGAACGCUCAUUUCAGCAUUUCAGAGUCCCUCAUCGCAGCCAUCGAGCUGAUGAAGUACAACCUGCGGCGUCAGGAGGAGGAGGGCGAGGAGGAGGGAGACAGCGACUGUGAGAUUCAACAGCUCAAGCAGAAGAUACGCCUGCGGAGGCAGCAGAUCCGCCGCAACCGGCUGCCGCCCUGCACAACCUCCCAGCACAUUUUCCAUUCCACUGAUAGCGGAGGCUCCAGGAGGAGCUCCCAAGACUCCUACCAGGGCCUGUCUGACUCCGGCUCAGCCGAGGAGGUGGAGGAGUGCGAACUACGAGAUGGCUGCGAGGGUCAGUCCCUGCUGGCGGUGUCACAGAACGGCCUCUCGCUGUCACUCGCCUCCCUCUUCUCAGAUGCAGACAUUAAGCGUAGUGUGAGUUCCAGCAGCAGGUCGUUUCUCAGCUCAGAGUCCAUCUCUCCUUCCUUCCUCCAGUCUAACUCAGCUGAGUCUGUAGCCAUGGGUUUGCUCAGGCAGUUCGAGGGCAUGCAGCUACCUGCCGCCUCAGAGCUUGACUGGCUGGUCCCAGAACAUGAUGCUCCGCAGAAGUUGCUGCCCAUUCCUGACUCUCUGCCGAUCUCACCUGAUGAUGGUGAACACGCCGACAUUUACAAGCUGAGGAUUCGGGUCCGAGGCAACCUCGAGUGGGCGCCACCCCGACCGCAGAUCAUCUUCAACAUUCAGCCUCCCCACAAGAGGAAGAUAGUUGUGGCGAAACAGAACUACCGCUGCGCGGGCUGUGGCACCCGGAUCGACCCAGAUUAUAUUAAGCGACUGCGUUACUGUGAAUACCUCGGCCGUUACUUCUGCCAGUGCUGUCAUGAGAACGCCCAGGCGGUGGUUCCCGGCCGAGUGCUGAUGAAGUGGGAUUUCAGCAAGUACUACGUCAGCAACUUUGCCCGGGACCUGCUGAGUAAGAUUGCUGGAGACCCGCUGUUCAACCCUAGUGACAUCAACAGCGGCCUGUACAAGAAGACCAAACCUCUGGAGGCUGUCAGGGUUUUGAGGAUGCAGCUGUUUCAUAUGAAAAAUCUCUUUAAGACCUGUCGCUUUGCUAAAGAGGUUCUGGACCAGUUUGACAGCCUACCAGGUCACCUGACUGAGGACCUUCACCUGUUCUCCCUCAAUGACCUCACUGCCGUGCGCAGCGGGGACCUGGCUCCCCGACUGAAGGAGCUGCUUAAACUUGGUACCAUGCACGUAGCUGGCUGUGUGCUGUGCCAGGCGAAGGGCUUUGUGUGCGAGUUCUGCGGCAACGACAAAGACAUCAUCUUCCCCUUUCAUCUGAGCAAGUGCCAGCGCUGCGAAGAGUGCCACGCAUGUUACCAUCGCAGCUGCUUCCGGGCAGGUAAGAGCUGUCCUCGAUGUCAGCGGCUGGCAGAGCGGAGAGAGAGGAUGGCGCGCAAAAACAUGGAGGAACAAGAGGACGAGGGAGGUGGGACCUAGUGCUGAGAAAAGAGCAAACUCAGAGAAAAAAAAAAAGAAGAGCACAAACGCGACCAUGAUUGUAGUGACUGACCACAUCUCCUGCUCCGUUCUAGUCCUCCCACACCCGGUUGACAGUACUCAGUGCAGACAGCUGUUUUGAUUUUACUACUUAUUGUCAGAUGUGCUGGUUUUACUACAUCAGGGCAGUUGUGUUAGUCAUUCAGGAACAUGACAGCUAUUGAUUUUUCUGAUGUAUUUUCUGUAAGCCCCUUUCACACAUGCACUUUAUUGUGGGAAUGUGUCAGGUGUAACGAGAAGGCUGACUCCUGUUUCCGUAAAGAUUGAGUGACUUAUUUUGGUCCAAAGAACUCAAGCUUCCCAUGGCGUGAAGAUUUUUAAAUUAGUUUUUCCUCAAAGAAAUGUAGCUUUAAAAAUAUUUUCACACGUAAUCCUUCUACAUAAAACAUGAUCAUUAAAGCCCCUAUAUGAUGAAAAAUUUUCACUUUGGAAAAAAACUUAAGAACUCAAAUAUUAAGUCAAAUAUUCAACACUGUUGCCGCCGUGUGGCUUCAAUCCUGUGAAGUGAAUGAUGAAACCCGUUGUCUUACGGGGAUAUUCGCCGUGUUGCAGUUCCAUGUGUGGAAAGGGCCAAAGAUUGUAUAAAUUUCUCAGCACUUUGUAUAUCGUCCUCUGUGGUAAAACUAACCCAUGUGACAACAGUAUUUUUCCCCCAGAUUAUUGUACCCAGGUUUGAUAUUUCUCCUUCCUACAAUUGCAGCUUCUGGAAACCGCUUCACCUCUGGUGAUUUUACUAGCUACUUGCUUAGCUGAAGUUUGUUUUUGUGACUUAAAAAGGCAGGAUAUGUUUUAAAAAAAAAAAAAAAUCAAAUAUGAAGUCAAAGUUUCAACCUCUUUUAUGGUUUGACUGAUUUUCGGUGCAGAUUCUGUAUUUGAGCGAUCCUGCCCUUUAUGUUGAGGUUUUUUGUUUUAAAUUGAAAUCAUGAAGAUAUUUAACUUAUCCUUUCUUAUCCCCACUCCAUACUGCUCUGUUUUAAGCUAUUUUAGCCACGCUAAUGUGCCUCUGGGACCAAUGAACUUGGACUGGCAGAGCUAGUGGAGUUACAUUGGCAAGUUGAAUUAAGAGACGGGCUGGACUUCUGAAAGAUGUUACAGAGUCAGUGUUGCAAAUAUUUUAAAUGAGACUGCAAAUGCUCCAUUUUUGUGCUGCUUUAUGUAUGUAUGUGUGUGUAUGUGUGUGUGUGUGUUUGUGUUUGAUUACUAGAAAGAGCUGUGUGAAUAAGAGUGCUUGUAUGUGCACACGUGUCUACCUGCUGUACUUGCAGCCAUGCACAAAUGGUUUGCACCAGCCUAAUCAGCACUUGCCUGUUUUCUAACGUCGUAGGUUUUGGAUUAAUAUGAGAGAGUCCGGUUAAUUGCACUGAUCCUGUCUGUUUUUGUUGGAGGGGCGAGUUGGGAUGUCACUGUUUGGGGAUUUUUCUGUGUGUCGGAAAUGUUCCCCUUUCUUUUAAUGAAGCUCCUGUCACCUGGGUUGCACGACUGUAUGAAGGGUGUCAGUCCAAAAAAAGAAGUCCACAACACAAUAGAUUAUAUUCAUACUACUCCCAUUAUUCUACCUGUUGAGCUUGUAGCCCCUUAAAAUUUAGCAAUGUCUACUUCAGCGCACUUUAUAUUCUUAGUGUGCACAUUAAACCAAACUAAUCUUUCCUUCUGAAUUUGUUUUAUUUGAAGGAUUUUUAGAGGCCCAGAAAUGAUUUUAGAAGAAUAAAGCAAGCUGUUGGUCUUUAAAUCAUCUGGUGACCCCUUCAGUUUUGCUUCAGGACCAAUUGGACUGGGACAUACAGGAAAAAAAACAUCUAAAAUUCACUCAAAAGUUAAUGGUAGAAAGAAAGUUGUGGGAAGUGUGCAAUCCACUAAAGAAAUCAAAUUUAUCAGAAAUUCAAUUUUUGUCUCGUAUGUUUGUCCCAAGCACAGUUUUAUGUGCACCAAACUUUUAAUGGAUUAGGCAGCAGAGUACAUACCUCUCUAAACUAUAAACAGGCUUCUCUUUAUAUGUACAAACCCUUAUGAGAUGAUCACACUCUCAUGGGAUACUACUUAAAGCAAUAAAUGUGAUCUUCAAGUCAGUAAACCAUCAUAAACUGCCCACACGCAUUAAAGCGAUGAACUGUAGCCUACAGCUUUAGUUUUAACCCAACUGCUUUUAAAAGAAACUCUGAAUGAAGUGACCGCUUGACUCUGAAAAGCCUCCUCAGCUCUGCAGAUUGUUUGUUUGUCUUUGGACUGCCUUUAACAUGGAGACAUGAGGAGAUUUAAAGUGCACUACAGAUGAAAUUGUCUAUUAUUAAAAUGGUAAUUAUUGUUAUUAUGAUUAUUGUUUGUGUUAAUUUGCCUUUGUUUGUAAUUAUAUUGACAAUAAAAGACUGGCCAGACUGUUAA